AUGGCCAUGAACAACUACCAGUGGCAAUCCUCUAGUAGUCGGCCAGUCAAGCAAGGAGUGAAGGAGCUAGAGCUUGAGAAGAUAGAGCCUGUGAGAGCUGAGGACAAGAAGAAGAGUCCAGUAAGAGAGUACCAACCACCUAUCAUAGAUCCUGCUCGACUAAGGCACAAAAAGGUUGACCAGCAGUUCGGUAAAUUUCUAGACCUUUUUAAACAACUACACAUUAACCUCUCUUUUGUUGAGGCUAUUUCGCAGAUGCCGAAGUACGUAAAAUUUUUGAAGGAGAUAUUGAGCAACAAGAGGAGACUGGAGGAUUUGGGAUUGGUGACCCUGAAAGAGGAGUGCUCCGCCAUUCUACAAAACAAGCUGCCUGUUAAGAGGUGUGAUCCAGGGAGUUUCAUUGUACCCUGUGUCAUUGGUGAAUUACCUAUUAGUGGUGCUUUAGCUGACUUAGGAGCUAGUAUUAACUUGAUGCCCACUAGUUUGUUUGAUAGACUUGGCUUGAGUGAGCCUAAACCCACUAGGAUGAGCAUUCAGUUAGCCGAUAGGACUAUUAAGAUUCCUAGAGGUAUAGUUGAGAAUGUACUUAUUAAGGUAGACAAGUUCAUAUUUCCUGUUGAUUUUAUUGUCAUGGAUAUGGAGGAUGAGAGUGUUGUGCCACUAAUCUUAGGUAGACCUUUCCUUGCUACAUCUAGGGCCGUUAUAGAUGUUUGUAAUGGGAAGCUCCAACUUAGGGUAGAUGACGAGACUAUCACCUUUGACUUAGCGACUUCCAUGAGACAUUCCUUAGACUAUGAUGAUACUAUAUUUUUUAUGGAUGUCUUAGAUGAUAAGGUGAAACCUUCAAUUGAGGACCCCCCAGUCCUAGAGUUGAAGGAACUACCCAAGCACCUGAGUUAUGCCUACUUGGAUGAGGCAAAGAGGCUGCCAGUUAUUAUGGCAGCAAACUUGACUCUUGAGGAGAGGGAGAUGACGUUAUCGUCUCUUAGGAAGUACCUACGGCCUACGCAUAUAAGAUUGCAGACAUCCCUGAAAUCAACCCCAGUUUUUGCUCGCACAAGAUCCUGA